AUGGCGCCCUCCUCAACAGUAGUGUCCAAGCUGAAGGUCCAGCUAAAGCUCUCCAUCGCGCGGCUCCGAAUGGUACAACAAAAAGAUGAAGCAGUAUCCAAACAACAACGAAGGGCCAUGGCCCAACUUCUCGAAGUAGGCAAGAUAGAAUCGGCCAAGAUCCGCGUCGAGAACAUCAUAAGAUCCGACAUCACCACCGAACUCCACGAGAUCCUCGAGCUGUACUGCGAACUCCUGCUCGCGCGGACGGGAUUGAUGGAAGGCCCAGUAUGCGACGCGGGUCUCGAGGAGGCUGUGAAGAGUCUGAUAUAUGCCGGCCCCAGAACGGAUGUUAAGGAGUUACAGCAGGUCAGGGCUUUACUGAUGGAGAAAUACGGGAAGGAGUUUGCGCUGGCGGCGAUGGAGAAUAGUGAUGAGAAGGUAUCUGAGAAGGUACUGAAGAAGCUUACGGUUACGCCGCCGGCGGAGGAACUGGUAAAUGGGUAUUUAGAGGAGAUUGCGAGGACAUAUGGGGUUGACUGGCCGAAGAAACCGAAGGAGGAGUUGGGUGAUCCCCCGGAUUAUAUUGACGACGAUGAUGAGGAUAAUCCUAGUGGUGGACAGGCGCAGAAGGAGUUGGAGACACCGCUUGCGGCUGGUGAAGGGAAACAGGCUGAGGAAAGGGAGGCUUUGAGUAAAGCUACACCGCCUAGGAAUUUUGGUCCGAGCAGUCCGUUGCGAGUCAAUCCACCAAGUCCAAGUACGGACAAUCUUCAUCCUAGGGUGAAGGGGACUUUAGACCUGAAACCAAAGGCUUCAGCGGCGAAGACAGGGACCCAAAGUAAGGGUCCUGUUGGUGGUACGAUACCGAAUGUGGAUGAAUUAGCGAAGCGUUUUGCGGCUUUAAAGAAAUGA